AUGGGCGGUGCAGCACGGUGUGGGUGGAAGGGCGUGCGUGUGUCGCUCACACGCCUGCACUUUGACAUCCUCACUCUCGCACCCGUCCAAGUGCUGCCAGGGCUGUGCUUUGCCCCCAUCGGCCUUGUAAACAUGCUCAACUCAGGAGGCGCUGUCACUGCCAUGCAAUGCACCGCCACUGCUGCCCCUGCUGCUCACGCCUGCUCCACAUGCACUUGUUGCGACACGUGGUCCACGUCGCAGCGCCACACCCGCCACAGCCAUGCACCACAACCCACGAGCACGCAUAACAAGACCGAGGUGCACGGGACUGCUGCAGCAGUGAGGGGGGCUCAGGGGCUGGGGCCAAGUGGCAGGCGUGUGCGGGUGAGUGUGUCUCUGCAGGUGAAAGGUGGUGGGGAGCUGGUGGCGUAUGCGUGCAAGGCCCCACAUGCAGCAAUGGCUGAUGGCACAGCCGUGGAUGUGCACUAUGAUGCAGUCUCUCGGCGCCUGGCCAUGGAUGUGGCCUUUACCAGCCAUGGCCGAACCAUUGAUCUUGUGUGGUUCGUGCAUGGGGAGUGA